AUGGCCCCGACGAAAAAAUCAAAAGGCGGCGGCGAUGGGGGUAAAACGCGCUCCUCACUCUCAGAAAAGGGAAUGAAGAGAGUAAAGGGCGAGAACUUUUACAGAGACGCCAAAAAGGCGGCAAAAGUCAAGAUGCUCACCGGUGGCAAGCCCGUCUACGACCGCAACGGCAAGAUGAUCCAAGCUGCAGCAUUUCAGAAGGGAGAAGCAGACGCAAAACCUGGCCGUGUUCAACCUGACAGGCGAUGGUUUGGUAAUACACGUGUAAUCUCUCAAACAGCCUUGGAGCACUUUAGAGAAAGCCUGGGAUCGAAAGUGCACGAUUCGUAUUCGGUUCUGCUACGAAGAAACAAACUCCCGAUGAGUUUGAUUGAUGCCGCUGCAAAUCCUCAUAUACAAAAGCGCUCACACAUUGUCGAAACUGAGCCUUUUGCGGAUACAUUUGGGCCCAAGGCUCAACGAAAACGACCCCGACUGGAUGUAGCAUCUUUUGAGGAGCUUGCAAAAGCAGAUGCCGAGAUGGAGGACGCUGCAGAUCUGCCGGCCGGUGCUGCAGAAGAGCUCUUCGAGGAAGUUCAAUUCGGAACUUAUAACGAACCCAUCUAUCAAAAAGGAACAUCGCGGCGGAUAUAUGGCGAGCUCUACAAAGUCAUCGACUCCUCUGAUGUUGUCUUGCAUAUCCUCGACGCACGAGACCCUAUCGGGACCAUGUGCACCUCUGUUCUAGAAUACAUCAAAAGGGAAAAGGCGCAUAAGCAGAUUGUUCUUGUCAUCAACAAGUGUGAUCUCGUGCCCAGCUGGGUUACGGCUCGGUAUAUACAACAUCUUUCCAAACUUUAUCCCACUAUUGCCUUUCACGCUUCGCCGAAUCAUUCCUUCGGAAAAGGUACCCUCAUUCAACUCCUUCGCCAAUUCUCCCAACUUCAUGCCGAUAAGAAGCAAAUCUCCGUGGGCCUAAUUGGCUAUCCUAAUGUGGGCAAAAGUAGCGUCAUCAACACGCUCAAGGCCAGUAAAGUCUGCAAGGUCGCGCCUGUGCCAGUCCCAACCUCGGCAAACGACUCUAAUACUGCCACCGUUCUGAAGGGUGUCGUCCGCGUCGAGGCCCUCCCUCAGCCAUCCGACCAUAUCCCUGCACUUCUCGAGCGAGUAAAGCCAGUCUACAUUUCCCGGACUUAUGGGAUACCAUUACCAGCAUCAAAAGACGGUAGUCCUUCCAUAUGGAAGGCAGACGAACUAUUGGAGAAACUCGCGAGGAUGAAAGGUCGGCUACUCAAGGGCGGCGAGCCUGACCUCGACGGAGUAGCCAAGAUGGUCCUGAAUGAUUGGGUUCGAGGCCGACUACCAUUCUUCGUGGCCCCCCCGGAACGUACAGACGGCCCACCAGCUGAGGCUGAGGAGCCCAAGCCUGAGGGCGUCAAGGAGCUCAAACCGGUUCCACAAAAGCUUAGCGGGAUCAUUCAAAAGAACAAGUUUGAGAGCGAGGAUAUCAAGGACUUGAAGGAGGAAAUCGAGGCUCUCGAAAGUGAGGGUAGUCAAGUUGACUCCGAACAAGAUGAAGAGGAUGAGGACGUGGAAGAGAUGCAGGAGGAGCGAGAACUUGAUUGGGAAGACGUAUUCGGUGCCGUGACAGGAGCCAAGGUUGUCCCGACAACUUCAAAGCCCCCUAUCGUUGAAGAGGGCCUCUCAGAUGAAGAGAUAAAUCCACGAAAGAAGCAAAAGAAGGAGCCGCGAAUGACAACCAACAAGAAAAAGGCCGAGAAUUUCUUCACAACGGCGAACGUCAAGAAUCGCAACCGGAAUCGCGUCCUACCAAAGCCAGGUCGUCCAGGGAGAGGUACCACUCAUUCAAAACGAAAAUGA